CAAGCAGAGGCACAACGUCAGCAAUACAGACAGAGACGAGCAGGGAGAGAGACAGACCGGAUCACAGAGAGUGCCAAGGUGUGAUGAGCGAAGGGCAAGAGAGAAAUACAGGGGGUUUGAAGAGUUUGAAUUUGAAUUUCAGAGGGAAACACCAGAUAGGGUAGAGAGAGAGAGAGUAAGACAGAGAGAGAGAGAGAGAGAGCGAGAGAGAGAGACACUGAGGGGUGUGUCAUAGCAAGUUAGUUCCUCGAGGAAGUACAACUCAACAUUAUCUUAAGACAGGGUGGCAGCACUGACAGAAGCGCUGCAGGAGGGCGCUUUUUUCAGAUUUUGGUUCUGCUCGUGGUGAAGAUAAAGGGAUCUCAUUAAAUCAACCGACCUGUGCUGUCAGCCUUAAACACAGAGCAGAGUGAGAGGAGAGAGAGAGAGAUAUCUGACACACACCAAGAGGGAGGGGGACUCAACACACACACACGCACACACACAGGCAGCCAUGGACUCCUUCAGCUCCAAGGACAUGGCCUUGAGGGCGCAGAAGAAGAUCCUGAGCUCCAUGGCCACCAAAAGCUCUGUCCAAAUGUUCAUUGACGACACCACCAGCGAGAUCCUGGAUGAACUGUACCGCGUCUCCAAAGAGUACUCUGGUAAUAAAACGGAGGCCCAGAAGGUGAUCAAAGACCUGGUCAAGAUUGCCGUGAAGAUUGGCUUGCUGUUUAGGAACAACCGUUUUAGCACCGAGGAGCUGGCAGUGGCCACCGAUUUUAAGAAGAAGCUGCACCAGGGAGCCAUGACGGCUAUCAGCUUUUACGAGGUGGAUUUUACCUUUGAUAAAGCAGUGAUGGAAGAACUCCUCACCAGCUGCAGGGAUCUGCUGCUGAAGCUAGUGAACACCCACCUCACCCCUAAAUCCCACGGUCGCAUCAACCACGUCUUCAACCAUUUCUCUGACCCAGAGCUCCUGACCAAACUGUACGACCCCAGCAGCCCCUUUCGAGACCACCUUACCAAGAUCUGCAAAGGACUCGACAAACUUAUGGAGGAGGGGACAAUAUGACAUAGAAAUAAUACAAUCACAGACAGACACUGGGAGAUCAACAGGCAAGACUCAGCUGAGACUCAGAACUGUUGAACACAACUGGUCUUACUGCUGCGGAGGACUCGCAACGCAAGACAAUUGAUUUGAGAACAAAACUGCUGCCCCAUCGUUCUCAAAGAACAUGUGGGAUUAAAAAAUAAAGUUGGUUGACUCAUAGUGCGUUCCAUUUGUACUCGGAAGUCGGAAUUUCCAAGUUCAAAGUCCGGCAC